GUUUUUUCCGCUCAUUAAUUGGCCUCUGAUAACUCCUACAAUCAGCUGUUGGGUUACCACAAUAAUUUAGUACCAUAAAAGAUUAUUUAAUUAACAGUCAAAUAAAUAUAUUUCCAUUAAAUUUAGUUUUAUUCUGUUAUUAUAAUUGUAAUCACUAUCACUGUUUAUAAAAAAUACGAAAAAGAAGAUGUUCGAAAACAAACGAAUAUGUCCGGUAGAUAAAGGCUGACGUUGUUAUUAGUGAUUGGUGUACAUUAUCUGAGUUUGGAAGAAGUAAUCGUCAGUGAAACAAAAUAUUUGGAAGAUUUUUUAUAAAAUUUCCACGGUUGCAGUAAUUAAAUGUAAAAUAUGAGAUCUUUAAGUAUAUCAUUAUUAAGCUUAUCCCUAACAUUAAUAGUAAUCGCAAAUGCAUAUUAUCAGAAGAAACAGUUUUAUCCAUCUGUUGUAUAUAUCACAAAAUCAAAUCCGAGUAUGGCAGUAAUAUAUAUUCAAGCGUUUAUAUGUGUAUGGAUCAGUGGAAAGAUUAUGAGAAAAAUAUUCUUUGGUCAGCUGCGAACGACAGAGUUUGAGCAUCUAAUGGAGAGAUCUUGGUAUGCAGUAACAGAAACAUGUCUAGCAUUUACUGUCUUCAGAGAUGAUUUCAAUCCAAAGUUUGUGGCUUUGUUUACUUUAUUACUAUUUUUGAAAUCAUUCCAUUGGUUAGCAGAAGACCGAGUAGACUAUAUGGAGAGAAGUCCUGUGAUAAGUUGGCUUUUCCAUAUCAGAGUCUUGUCUUUGCUUCUUCUUUUGGGUUCUUUAGAUUUACAUUUUAUACAACAUGCAUACCUAUCAACAGUAUCUAAGGGUGCGUCCGUCCAAUUAGUAUUCGGUUUUGAGUAUGCAAUUCUUCUCACUGUAGUAAUAAACAUAGCUAUUAAAUAUGGAUUGCAUUCAAUUGAUUUAAAUAGUGAAACACCAUGGGAUAAUAAAGCGGUAUUUUUGUUGUAUACUGAGCUAGUUAUGGGAUUGAUCAAAGUCAUUUUAUAUUUUGCUUUUGUAGCUAUCAUGGUUAGGAUCUACACGUUGCCGUUGUUUGCCUUCAGACCAAUGUAUUACACAAUACGUAAUUUCAAGAAAGCAUUUAGUGAUGUAAUUUUGUCGAGAAGGGCCAUCCACAACAUGAAUACACUAUAUCCAGAUGCUACUCCUGAAGAAUUACAAGCCGCCGAUAAUGUUUGUAUUAUUUGCAGAGAGGAAAUGGUUACAGCAUCAAAAAAAUUACCAUGCAAUCAUAUUUUCCACACAGCAUGUCUUCGAUCAUGGUUUCAACGCCAACAAACCUGUCCCACUUGCCGUCUCAAUAUUCUACGUAAUCCAACCAACAACAAUACACGUCCUGCAGCGGCUCCCCGACCACCUCAACCAAAUAUUCAAAAUCCAUUCAUUAAUCCUUUCUUUGCUGGACAAAAUCCAUUCCAAAUGUUUCAAAUACCAAAUCCGGACAAUCUCCCACCACCACCACCACAACAACAACAACAAAGACCUGCCGCAGAAGGAGGAAAUGAGCAACCUGCAGCUCCUCAGGCUCCACCGCAGGUUAAUUUACCACCAUUUGCGUUUCCACCAUUUCCUUUCGUACCGUUUUUCCCUCCGCCGCCUAUGCCUCCACAAAAUUUGUCAUCAUUGUCUACAGAAGAAUUGCAGAGAAUGGAAGGUAAUGAAAGGGAGAAUGUCGAGGCUAGGAUACAGUGUCUCAGAAAUAUACAGAUGUUGUUAGAUGCUGCAGUGGUAAUGAUGCAACAGUACAGUACUACAGUCUUACUAUCUACGCAUGUUCCUCAAAACGCAAGUUCUACCACUAAUGUAUUUCAAUCUAAUAACCCAUCAUGGAACAUACCUCAAACCCAAACCGAAACACCGAAAGUUGCAAAAGUGGCACCAACAACGAACUCUCAAGUAACGACAACCCCAGAAGAAACACAAUUUGAUAAACCGACUACUUCGAAGGGAUCUAGUGAACCGCUGAAAGAAGAAGAACAAGUAGACGCUAGUCAACUUACUCAAGAAGAGGUGAUAAGAAGAAGAAGACUGCAAAAGUUUGAACAACCCGUGGGAAGAGAAUAGAAAUAUUUUCUACCGUAGAUAUAUAAUGGAUUUAAGUUUGUUUUUGUUGAAAUAUUUUGUGAUUAGAGUGUUCCACAUUAUUUUUUAUUAUAACCCGCAAUAUGGUUUGCUAUACUUAUUCGACUGUAUAUUUAUCUUGUCUUAUGUUUUAGAUAUUUUUUGUACACCUUAGAUUGUCUAAUUUUGGUGAAAGGAAUCAUUUUUAGCUGUGCAGUGAUUCAGUCCAUAUUUUUUAUACAGGUUGAAACACCAAAGUUCAUUCCCCUUCAUUCAAUUUUGGAUUUGAUUACAAUGUUUCGUCUGAUUUAUUCUUGGUUUUUCUGAAUAGAAUAUAUUUUGUCGUCAAAAUCGUUAACUAAAGUGACUAAAUUGAGAUUUAUAACCACCUGUGAGUUCUCCAUAAGUUGCUGGUUCAUAUGAAGACCAGGAAGCGUAAUUGUAAGUUUUGGUAUUACGGUAGAAAAUUAAUUAAACCAAAGUAACUUUUAAUUCGAUUAACCAAAAUUUUAUCAAUCAGUUGUAUUUUAUUUUUUCUAUUUUAAUUUUUUUGUUUUUGUCAAAUUAUUUGAAAUAGUGUAAAAAUUUUCGAGAAAAAUAAUACUGUGUCGGAUAAUAUUGUAGAUAUGAAUCUUUAGGUUGAAAUUUCUGAAUGUAGGUAAGCUGGAAAUUUAAGACUUUUAUGUUGAAAGAAUUUUUAAUUGUAUUCGAUUUAUAUAUUAAAGUAUUUUCAGUUAUCACGUGGAGUAUUUAUCCAAUAUCAUCUGCGAUCGAAUAAAUUUUGUACCAACAAGUUGAUUAUCUUUUUAAGGGGCAACAACACUGUAGAGCCUGGUUUUUGGAUUUUUUGUUCUAAAAAACAUAAUAUCAGGUGCAAAAUCUAAUUGGAUGACUUUAUAAUACAUGUUUUGAAGUAAUUGAACUAAUUUUCACAGAGCGUUCAAAAACAAAAUGGCGUUCAAUACUGCAUAAGAGGAAUUUUCAAAGAGGCCUCUGCUACCAUCAACUUUUCGUCGUAGCUGUUGAUCUGAAGCAUAGAAAUCAAGUUUUUUCUUAAUGUUUGCACGAAAUGCAAGAGAAGUACGUAGGGGUUUAAAAAAAUAUCAAAUUUUAACAAAAUUACGGUAAUUAGAAAAAAUAGGUUGUAAAACAAAAGGUUUUCAAUUUAUUAAUAAAAUCCUACGUAGUUUCCUAGAAAAUAAUGUUAUUAAGAUUCAGUCAAAGUUUUGAAUCAAUCAGAUCAAAAUUGACUGCAUUAAUGGUGGUGGUAGUGAUUUCAAGAUAAACGCGUUUAAAGCUACCAAGCGUGAUGCAACGGUCAACUUGACGCUACACCAAGUAAAGGAAAUGUAUAUCACGCGUGAGGUGACGCAUCACCGCACGUAGUUUUGUAAUCUACAAGAUUGAAUAAAUUGACGACGGACGAUACGUGUAAGCUCUCAGACGUGUCUUGUUGUAGUUCAGACACACGUGUGAGUGACUAGCAAGUCUUUCCUGACAGUAGAAGAAAAGUUACUAGAGGCGUUAAGGGAACACAGAGAAAUUCACGAUACAAAAAAUUAAGACGAAAUUGGUUCACUCAGAAAAGAAGUAAAUUAUCAUCACUAUCAUAUUAAUUAUGAAAAUUUAUUGUGAAAUAUGAUUUUUUCACAAUAUUAUCCAGUUUACGAAAAGAAGUAUCUUUAUUUUAGAUCAUCAUAACAUACUAUCAGUUCGAUAAAUAAAUGUACAUACUUCUGGAUCACCUUGUAUAAAUAGAGAACAUUCCGUGAUUGUCGUUGUCUGUUUGUGUGUGAUUAUUUAAAUUUAUUUUAAUUAGGAAUUUUUUAACAAAUAAAUAGAUAUCAGUGUCCAAAAUUUGUUUCCAACUAAUUAUUUGUUGUUAUUGUUAACAAUAUUCACAAUAAACGAUGCUUAUUGUUUUUGAAUUAUGCUAAUUAAUUUUGCAAGUUUUCUUCACAUUUGUGUGAGUAUGAUUCAGUUGUAAAUACUUUAUGUACUUUCCUCUACAUUAUUUGUCAUUCAUUAACUCUAAUCAAUUUUUUUGAAUUCUUAUUCAAGACAUAAGUGAAAAAUCAGAGUUUAUAAUUUGUAAAUGUAAACAGUAGGAUUGCAAAUAAAUUUCUGACAUUCUAAUUGGUAUUUAUUUAAAUUUUAUAUCAUUAAAUGUGGAGAUAAUAUGUGAAA